AUGGCGUCAAGCAGCCGCGAGUUCUCCCGCCCCGCGUCGAGCCAGCGCCCGCUCGUCCCGUCGAGCCAGCGUCCGCUCGUCCCGCCCAACUUUCUUGACACCAUCAACGAUGGUUCCUCCCUGGCGGCCGCCGCUAAGCCGGCCGACGCCGGCCUCGCUGCCGACCUGCAGCUCUACCACUACCAGCUGCAGGCGCUCCAGUGGAUGGUUGGACGUGAGCGAGCUCUGGACGGCAUCCACGGCGGCAUUCUCGGCGACGAGCAGGGCACUGGCAAGACGGUUAUGUGCGCCGCGCUCGUCGCCAGCCACCGUUGCGACGAUCUGCGGCCGCAAGUGCGGCAGCCGCAAGCGCCGCUGCAAGCGCAGCGGCCGCUCGGUUCGGAGGCACGCAAGUGCGGCGCGACUCUGAUCUGCUGCACGCCCGUCAUCGAGGGGCAGUGGAAGGAGGAGCUCGCGCGGCACGCGCCCGGCUUGAAGGUGGUCAGCUUUGCGGGAUGCCCUGCGGCGGGCGACGCCGCGGCUGUCGCGCGUGAGGUCGAGCGGCUCGCGGAGGCAGACGUCGUGCUCGCGACGUACGAGGUGCUGAUGAAGGAGCUGGUCCACAUCGACCGCUUCUUUGAGAGCAGCCGCGAGCGCCGCGCCGGCCUGACUGCCGCGCGCUCGCCGGGCGGACAUGUCGAGGACGCGUCCUGCCUGGGGCUGCGCGCGAGAGAGGCGGACUCGGACGCUCGCCCGUCGCCGCUCAAGUACCUCACCUUUUGGCGGGUCGUCCUCGACGAGGUGCAAAAGGCGCCGACGUCGUACGCGGCGGGGAGGACGGUGCGGCUCGUUCGCGCCGUGCAUCGCUGGGCCGUGUCGGGCACUCCGAUGGAGGCGGGGCGGCUGGCCGACAUCCGCCACCUCAUCAACUUUGUGCUGCACGCCGAGUUUGUGCUGCCUGCGGCGCGCGCGUUGCUAGACAAGCAGCCGCCGGGCGCGUCCCUCGAGCAGCAGCUGGUCGAGCACGCGCAGCGCGCGCUGCUCUCGCCCGCGCUUUGGAGCGAGUGGGGCCGAAAGGCGAAGCUCGCCGUCGAGGCCGAAAGGCUGCAGCGUCAGGGUCGUCGUCUCCAGCGGCGGCCACCAGCCUCGCAGAAGCCGCUUUCUAGCCGCCUUCCCCGAGCCCUCUAG